AUGGGCCGCCUGGGGGCCGGGCUGCUGCUGGGGUCACUGCGGGCUCGCUGCCUCGCGGGGCCAGCCCUGCCGUGGGCGGAGGGGCUGGUGGUCGGAGCCCGGGCUUGCAGUUCCACGCGCCCCGGCGGUGGCCUCGAGGGGCCGCCGCGCCAGCGCUCCUACUGGCGCUAUCUGCGGCGUCUGGUGCUGGGGGCGCCCAGGCCGCCAUACCCGCACGUGUGCCAGGUCGGAGACCCGGCGCUGCGGGCCGUGGCAGCCCCGGUAGAGCCGGCGCAGCUGGCGGAACCCGAGCUGCAGCGGCUGGUGCAGCGGCUGGUGCAGGUGAUGCGGCAGCGGCACUGCGUGGGCCUGAGCGCGCCGCAGCUCGGGGUGCCGCUGCAGGUGCUGGCGCUGGAGUUCCCGGAGGCGCUCUGCCGCGCCUGCGCGCCGCGCCUGCGCGAGGCCCGCCAGAUGGAGCCCUUCCCGCUGCGCGUGUUCGUGAACCCCCGCCUGCGGGUGCUGGACAGCCGCCUGGUCACCUUCCCCGAGGGCUGCGAGAGCGUCGCCGGCUUCCUGGCCCACGUGCCCCGCUUCCAGGCCGUGCAGAUCUCAGGGCUGGACCCCAGAGGAGAGCAGGUGGUGUGGCAGGCCAGUGGAUGGGCAGCACGCAUCAUCCAGCACGAGAUGGACCACUUGCAGGGCUGCCUGUUCAUUGACAAAAUGGAUAGCAAGACGUUUACAAACAUCCGCUGGAUGGAGGUGAAUGACUAA